CUUCGAGAACGGAGGGAGAAAGAGGAAAUCUAGUAAUGAAUCAUGAAUCUAAAAGGCAAAGCAACCGCGGAAUCAAACGCCAAUAGUGAUGGAGAUGCCAUCAAGGUGUUUGUGCGGGUUCGGCCGCUGACUCACGGCACUGGGUUGACGACAGACGGUGAUCACAGUCUAUGUUUGACAGUGACCUCACCGCACACCGUCAGACUGCACUGCAAACCAGAGCCUCGGACCUUCACAUACGACCAUGUCGCCGACAUGAACACAUGCCAGGAGGAGGUUUUCUCCAGUGUGGCUAAAAACAUUGUGGAGUCGUGCAUGAAUGGAUACAACGGGACCGUUUUUGCCUAUGGACAGACGGGCUCAGGAAAGACCUUCACCAUGCUGGGUCCCUCAGAGCUGGAUAACUUUUCUGAUGAGCUGCGUGGUGUGAUUCCUCGAAGUUUUGAAUACCUCUUCUUCCUACAUGUCUGUCUUUAG